AUGACUCCUGGAGAAUCCGCUCAAGGCUCUGCAGGGACGCCGCCAGCGACCAUAGGCGGGCCAGGGUCGCCGUGGGAAUUCUCUUCAUCGGCGGAAGCAACGCGGACGAGCGGGCACGGUGAGACGACACGGCGAGAUCACGCGGAGCAGGAAGAGGACGCGGCGGUUCAUACUGAGCCCAUGGCAGCCCGCCACCAGCGCCUACGAAGCCCAUUCCCGCAGGCAGCGGCCGAUCUGAGCGCGCCGGGGAUCCGAAUGGAUUGUGAGGCAGGAGCGCGGAGAGAGGGACGACGGGAGCAGCGCGAGGAGCUGGGGGUGACGCCGACCCCGCACGUGAGCGACGAAGCUCCUUCUCCACGUCAUCAAGCCUAUCCAGAAGACGGCGCUCCAUUGCGGACGGCGCUGGACGCGCUUUUCCCCCGCGACCAUAACCUCCCCGCCGCCCGCGACGCCCCCGACCACUUGCGUCCGAACGCACAGGCGACUGCUGGCGAGACGAGCCCAGCUGACGAUGGCGUUCAGGGGAACGGACCACGCGACGAGGAGAGUCGAGCCGUGGACGCUUCGAGGGACGUGGCGAACGCGGAGGCGAUCGAGGACGGGACGACUGGCGUACGGGCGAACGGUGACGAGAAUGAGGGCGAGCGGGCGAACGGUGGCGGUGUGACCUGCGAUCACGCGAACGACUCCGUGACGCCACGCGACGAGGCGAACGCGGCGACCGCGGGCCAGCGUGAAGACCUUCCCUGCGGCUCUCCCGCCUAUCGCCGCGAAUCACAGAUGAACGUCGGCGAGGGGAAUGCUCCUGGUGCGCCACACCCACUCCGCCGUAGCGCUCGGCGGACGCCGCGUGAGCAGGCUCCGGCUGAGGCAGGGACCGGCCCCCGCGCGAGGUUAGAGCGCGCUGCUGAUCUUCGAAACGACGGCGGAUCCGAUCCGCAGACGCCGGCGGCGCGACAGGCACGCUCGCGGCAGGGCGCGCAGGAGGAAGCGGGCGGGGAGCUGGAUCGCUCUCCGCGGUUCGCCCCAAGGCAGGAGCUUCAAGGGAACUCAUCGGUACGUCGGGAAGAGGGCGCGCGGACACUCAGCGGCCGACAAGUCGGCGGAAGAACAGCAGGCCGCGGAAGGAGAGCUGCGGGACGCGGGGGGAGAGCACGUGGGGGUGGACCGGAAAACGUGUACCAGCAGGCGGGGAGGCGGGCUUUAAACGAGAUGAGCGGUGAUAAUGAAACCUCCACUUCAGACAGUAGCUUUGUAGCAGCCGAGUCCACUGACUCGACUUCCAGCUCUGAGUCCUUGGACGACGAGCAGCUUCAGACUCCUGCUCGAGCGGGCAGAGCAGCAGCAGCAGCAUCUCACAUGGCGGGGGGAGCUGCAGCAGUGAGAUCCAUUAGGAGGGGUCCCCCAACACCAACCCGAGCCGCAUCAGGCAACAUUGCUGAUGACAUUGGUGUCAUCGCUAGGGCAGAGGGGUUGGCACGACGUGGCAGCCUACGACGCGCCGUGAUGGCACUUGAAGCCACGCCAGUCAGCACCCCCUCUCCAACUGUGCUGGAGGCCCUGCGCGCCAAGCACCCACCUGCGCCCGCCUCCCCACCUGACUGGAACUUUCCAGAACCUGACCCUCACCUAUCGGCACCGUUUGCUGUCUUCUCCAAGGUGCUGGGAAGCUGCGAGAUGGGGGUGGGAGCGGGCCCCUCAGGAACAACUUUCGAACACUUACGCGAUGCAGCACUGAUCAACCACUCCGUUGGGAAACACCUGCACGCGCUAGUCAACACGAUAUUAACAGGAAAAUUACCUCCUGCGGUGGCUGAGCUCCUCACCGCCUCAAGAUUGAUUGCCCUGAGCAAGCCCGAUGGGGGGACGCGACCAAUUGCCAUCGGCGAGAGCAUAACACGCCUGGUAGCUAAGACGGCGCUUACUUUGACUGCAGGGGCCGCUCGUGUAUUCUUCCUACCGCACCAGUUGGGCGUGGCAGUCCCUGGCGGGGCGGAGGCGAUUAUCCACAUCACACGCACGUACCUCACGGUGAACACAGGAGCUUUGGUCCUACAGGCUGAUCUGGCGAACGCAUUUAACAGCGUUAACCGCGACGCCAUCAUCACAUCUCUUCGGGACUCCUCUCUCGCUUCACUUUUACCGUUAGUUAAACUGCUGUACGGCCUUCCUUCGGCUCUAUGUCUGGACGCUGGCUUCUCACACCCACCUCUGCUGAGCGAGACCGGGGUGCGGCAGGGAGAUCCCCUCGGCCCGUUGCUGUUCGCUGCCGCCAUACACCCAGCGCUGACGAAAACGGCGCUCAGCUUCCCCUCCGUGGUCUGUCUAGCCUAUGCGGACGACGUAACUUUUCUUGGGGAUGCAGCCAUGUGCGCGGCGGCAUUUGAGGACUUCACAGGAAACCUCGGGGAGAUCGGGCUGCGCCACAACCCAGCCAAGUGCGCGGCCUGGUCUCAGGCUGGCCAGCAGGGAGCAGCGCUUCCAGUGGGCGUACCUUUCACAGAAGAUGGGGUGAAGGUGCUUGGCAGCUUCAUCGGUGGCAGCGACGCAACCGCCGCGUUCCUACGUGCCAGCCUCGACACCAUGGGAGUGCCGCUGCCCUUAAUCGCGCGGAUGGAGCCGCAGCUGGCUUCCCUCCUGCUCUCACGGUGCAUCUCACGGCGGAUCGCUUACGUCGCCCGCACCACGCCGCUUUCGGCCCUGCCAGUCGAGGAGUGGUCAGACUGGGGUAAAAAGCUGUUUGAGACGUUGCUGACUGCCUGCGGCAUUCGCCACCCACGGGGGGAGGCCGAGAUUUCACGUACCUGGGCGCAAGCGUCACUCCCCAUCUCGCUCGGUGGUUUGGGACUCACAGACCCUUCGGUGGAGGGUCCUGUUGGGUUCCUUGCAAGCUACACGCAAGCGCAGCACCUGCUCACCUCCAUUGAUGAGUCGGCCGUCGGCGCCUUGGCGGAAACGCGGGUCCAGAUGAAGAGGGGGAAUCCAGGGCAGGGGCGGAUACUGCGAGGCAGACACAGGACGAACGUAGGCAGGCGGAGCACGGUCACUGCCAGGAGCAGGAGCCCGCGGUACGCAGAUGCGUGCGGAGCAGGUGCAGCAAGGGGCGCGGCCGGAACCUGCGCAUUCACAGGGGCAGGCGCGGGCGCAGGAGCGGCGGGAGCCGGGGAGCUACCAAGAUUCGGUGCGCCAUUCAGAGCGUUGCGCAUCGCCGCAGCCAGCAUCCCCGGGAAAUCCUCGCGCAGCUGCUGCAUCUCGCUCGGCCCACCGCGCCCGCGACCGUGA